UUCUUGCUACGAAAAUUCUUUUUAUUUUAUAUUUUCAUUAAGAUUUAUGCUUGUAAUUAAGGUUACCUGAAGUCCUUUUUAUUUUUUUUAUUUAAAAAUAUGAUAUUUUAAAAAAUAUAAAAAAAAGUGUUACAUAUAUAUUUCAUAAACAACCCCAAUAUGUUAUUAUAAUGCAAAAUGCAAUUUAUAUUGUUUAAGAGAGGGUUUUUUUCCUAUUAUGUGCAAAUAUUUCACAUUAGAUGAGCUGGAUUCCCUGGAUUGUGCGCAUGUGUUUGUGUGUGUGUGUGUUGGUGGGCGGGGGUGCCCUAUGGGUAUAAAAGUCUCCCAACUCUCAAAGUGUCAGUGCGGGUGUGAAUCCUGAUGUGUGUGCAACAAUCAUGGCAUUGUUCAUGGAUGAAGAUGUGACUAUACUCAAGCACGAGCAGCAGACCGCCAUGGUGGAUCUAAACAUGCUUUUUGGGGAACACGAGGAGCCUUGUAAAGGUGUGCGCAGUGAGAGCGUCCUAUCCUCCCCGGAUCCAGACCGGGUGGCUGCCGGGGUAGCGGAGGGUCCCAGAAAAAGGAAGAGGACCAUUUUUAGCCGAGCUCAACUGUCUGAGCUGGAGCAGGCCUUCGCCGUGACCCCUUACCCCGAUAUCACCUUGAGGGAGAGGCUGGCUGCACACACACACCUGCCUGAGAGCAAGAUACAGGUGUGGUUUCAAAACCGAAGAGCCAGGAGUAUUAAGACUGGCAGACUGCCCAUGUCCACCAAACAUGUUCUGGAAGGUAGAGGACUUUCACAACCCGGCUCCGGACUGGUGACCUCAGCAUUCCCUGCCCCGACAUCUUUGGCAGACAUGUUCAGACCAGAUCAAGGCCAACCUUGUGAAGAUAUCCCACAAUUCUACUCUGACUGGAUCCAGAUCUACAACAACCAAACCCCAAACCAGCCAUCACUCCACCAGCAGCCCAUCCUCAGCACCCCCAAGCGUUCGGAGUCUCGUCUCUGGGAGGCGCAGCGCCAACAGAGACAACAACUAGGAUCCACGCUCUCCACUUUCCUACCUGCUUCUUUUACUCAGCCCAUCGCCAGGCAACCGCAGGUGUCCAGCCACUCCUACCAGGCCCACAGGAACAUGAAGACUCAGAGCCUGGCUCAGUGUGGGCCUCAUCAGUCUAUGUACGGGGGAACAGCCGGAGGCCACGCCUCCAUGGACCAAGUGGUUCCUUCUCACUCUCAGUCGAUGUACUGGGAAGUAAAUCAGGGCCAGGGACAUCACCACCUCCAUCAUCAUCAUCCUCAUGCACAAAUGGGUCCACAGACCUCCAUGGGCUACAUCUCUGACCUGAUUUAUAAUGCUGCUAUUGUGACCAACUUCUUGGAGUUCUGAUGAAAAGAACAAUUGUAAAUAUCCAUUUAUGGUCCUACACACCAGAUAUACUGUACUCUUCUACUCUUAUACUAACAUUACACUGCUCUGGAUAUCUGCAUCGAUGCGCCCACCUGAAUGAUUACCACGAUAUCAAAAGUGACAUAUGGUGAGAGGUGGAUGACGUCGCUUUGAAAAUCGAUGCCUUCAUCCCAGAAGUUAAAACCUGUUAUGGAUACCAUUUGUCUUUUUUUUUCACUGUUGUAUCCUAUCAAGUCACGACUGGUCAAUAGAAAAUGAAAGUAAAAGUGAAAUUU